ACGAUAUGGAUGUGAGAAUAUUUGGCUCAAGCCGAGGGGCUCCUACUGUAUAUAUAGAUAUUAGAUACAGAGCACAUGUCAAUAAUCGAUAUGUACAGUAUUAUGACGAGAGGGAAAAACGCCCAUUUGGAGGCAGGCAGGCGAGAGAGAGAGGAGAGGGGUGUGCGUCUCCAGCCCUGCAAAUAACAACGUCGUCGGAAGGAGCGAGAGCGACGCGUCCGGUUGUUGUUGUUCUUUCUCACGACGAAGGCUUGGAGUCAAAGCGAGCGAGCGCAGGGCUGAGCUGGUGGACCAGUUUCCCCACGAAAACAAACACCCCACCCACCCCCAUAGACCCCGGCCAAUUGCCGCCGCAAUAUCCUCCUGCUGCCCGCUCGCAGGCCUCUCCGCCGCAUAUCUCUUUCUAGCAGAGACGCUAGUACUCUCUCUACAUUUCGCACUCCAUUCGCUGCGCGAGACGAACGACGUCAAACAAUGUACGCACAAAACCCUCACUUUGGGACCGAUAACUACGCAAACCCCAUCAACAACCCGCAGUCCUUCGACCCAUACCCAUACCUCCCCACCUCCUCCGCCGCCCAAGACGACCUAACCUUCGACCUCAACAGCGUCCUCGGUCUCACCGCUUCCCCAUUCCCGCAGUCAUUCCAACAACUGCUCACCGAGGAUACCCCCUUUGGAGUGGGAACUAGUGGGGAGGAACAGUUGAUGUAUGCGGCCGAGGUCGGCAGUAUCAUUUCUUCGGGUGGAAGUCGGUCGGGGAGUACCGACUUGAGCGAGGGAUUCAGCAUGGGGCCGUCUCCAUUUGAUCUCGUGGGGAGUGGAAAUUCGAACGGGAAUGCUGUUGGUGGAUUCGAGCAGGGGUCGAUGUCGCCGGGGUCGUCGGAAGGCCAAGGUCAGCUUAUCACGGAGAAGGGAGUCAGCGAAGAACCGGCGGAGUUGUCGCCAGGACAGAAUUACUCCCAGUUCCCAGCAACGCCGUCAUCCCUCAACGAGUCCCAAAACGACUCUUCGAUCUCCGUUGGGGGUUCACUGGAUUUUAACGGAUCGGUAAGCGACGGAUCGUCCUCGAAACGAGCGUCGACGAGUUCGAAUCCCGUGUCGACGCGUCUGAUUGCGAAACCGAAUACGCGGAGGAAAGCUUGUGAACCAUGCAGAGCCAAAAAACUCAGAUGUGACGGAAUUCGGCCCCGCUGCUCCACCUGCACUAAAUCAACUCAAGGCGUCACUUGCGUCUACUACGCCGACAAACCCGCCGAUCUAUCCACCAGCAAAUCGGGCGCAGGGCCGGAUGAUCCCACCACCGACUCCACGCAGAAAAAACCAAAGCGUCGAACAGCGGAUGUCAAGGCUUUGGAGGAUCGCGUGGUGGCGUUGGAAGCUCUGUUGGCUGCCGCGAACGCGAAUAAUACUGGUUCGACAUCGGAACCCUCAUAUGACGAACACGGAAAGCCCCCCCUCCCCGGCAACACACCCUUCUUCUCCCCCGAAAUCCACCAAACAAGUGACGCCCCCUCAAGCUCACCAGCUGGUAAAGCACAAUCAGCGCUCCUGAACGAAGACCUGAAAAAAUCGUGGUUCAAGGAUUUCGUGUCAGUGUUCAAGGAUAAACUGACAUUGCAGACCUGUGAGCAGCAGUGUCCAAAGUCAUUUCCGCAGGAACCGGUGCCGCAGAGCGAGAUGUUGCCGAAUUUGAAUGAGAUUCUUAUUCGGAGGGAUUUGUUGGAUGUCCAUUUUAGCCGAUCAUCCUGCUUCCUCCCGUACCCAAUAGUCCACCGCCGCUCCUUCCUCUCCACCAUCGCCGACGAAUCCCCCAUGCUCCUCUUCGCCCUUUACGCCGACGCCUGCUCGCACUCCCCUGACCCAAAAACCCGCAACUCCGCCACGUUCUUCUACCAACGCGCGCGUAAACUCGUCCCCGUGCACCUCGAGAACCCGUCGGUCUCUGGUUUACAAGCGUUGUAUUUUCUGGCGACGGCGAGUAUGGCGCUCGGGUUGAUGAGUACCGCGUGGAUGUUCAAUGGGAUGGCGUGUCGGAUGGCGCAGUUUUUGAGGUUGGAUUUGGAUCCGGAGGAGUUGGGCAUUGAGGGGUGGUUGGAGGUGGAGACGAGGAGGAGGUUGUGGUGGGGGGUUUGGACCAUGGAUCUUGUAAAAGGCUCAGUGCAAGGAAAAGCGACCUUCUUCGAACGAGCGAAAACGCAUAACGUCAAACUUCCAUGUUCGGACGGGUUAUGGGAGAACUGCGACGCGGAGGGCAACCUCCCCGCGCAUCUGAUGGGGAUGGACAAUCAUAAUUAUUUGUCGGCGGUUACUAGCUUUUGUCCUACUUACGCAAAGGCAAUAAGAUAUAACCGCGAAGCCCUCGCCACCCCCACCCUCACCCUCAGCGAAAUCGACCCAACCGCCGUCCUCCUCGAAGCCCAAGUCGAGCACUGGUACGCCCAAUGCUCCCCCCUCGUGCACUCCGUCCCGACCGCAAAACAAUUCACUCGCGACUCCCUAUCGGAAUCGGCCACGCCGUACCACGCGGUCAACGUCCAUCUAACGUAUAUCGCCACGCUGUGUCUGUUAAGACGGCCACGGAUCAUCGCGGCGUUGACGGCGGAUGUCAAGACCCCCCAGGCGAUGAAGGCGAUCGAGAACGCGAAGAAAGCGAGCGACGCGGUAGCCGACAUGGCCGCGAAACUGCUCGAAAAAGUCUCCCCGGACGCCCCGACCCGCCACGCGCACAACGUCUCGUACAUCACCUCCCUCGGCGUCCUCGAAGCCGGGUUCAUACAGAUCAUGCUGUCCGCGUACGCGGCCGCCAUGUCCGAUGAAACCGAGCUGGAGAAUUCACAGAGGCGGUUUGCGUGUGUGGUGAGACUGCUCAAGGCGUUUGGGAGACGGUUUCCGCCGCCGAGGGCUAUGGCGCAGGUUAUUGCGCUGAUUAAUGAACGGGUGUUGAGGGGGUCGAGGGGGAAGAGUGGGGGGGAAGGGGGCGACGCGGGUGCGGUGGGGACAGCGGGGAUGCUGGGUGGAGGGAAGGGGAGUCCGGAGAUUGUGGAGUUGGGGCAGAAGAGGAAGGAUAAUGAGAUGUUGAGGUGUAUCAUAAGGGAUGCGUUUCAGGAGAGGCGGUAGAUAGGGCAUGGAGGGAUGGAGAGAAAUUGAUGAUUCCCCUGAGGCACUUUUUUUUUGGUGGACGCUUCCUUUUCGCCCUGGUUCUUUGUUGCACUGCCUUUGCAAUUCUGUCUUGUUUUGUAUAUACAUCUUUCCAUUUUACGUCCGAAUUUUUCUUUUUAAUACCCUGCAUCUUGCUCUUCAAAUGACGGGAGUUGAGUUGGGCCAAU